GGCAGAUGAGAGGCGGAAGACAAAAGUCAGUGCAAGCCGCUUCUCCCUCUCCGGUACCACUUGCUUGCUUCCGAAUCAAGACGAAAUCGUACCUGCGGAGGAAACUGACACCAUCUUCGUGUUGAAAUCGCACUUGAAUCCCAUUUGUAGGACUAAUUUUAACAAGCUGCCCUGUGUUCAUCCAUCCCGACGUAGCCAACAUGUCGGCCAAAGCCAUCUCGGAGCAAACGGGCAAGGAGUUCCUCUACAAACACAUCUGCACCUCGGCGACCGUCCAGAACCGCUUCCGCUAUGCUAACGUCACCCCCGAGACGGACCUGGACCGUCUGGCGCUGGAGCACACCUGGCUGCUCACGGAGAGGCUGGUGGUGAAGCCGGACCAGCUGAUCAAGAGGCGGGGCAAGCUGGGCCUGGUCGGCGUCAACCUGGACUUGAACGGCGUCAGAGAGUGGCUGAAGGCCCGCCUCAUGAAGGAGACCACGGUGGGAAAAGCCAAAGGCGUUCUCAAGAACUUCCUCAUCGAACCCUUUGUCCCUCACAAGCAGGAGGAGGAGUUCUACGUGUGCAUCUACGCCAGCCGCGAGGGCGACCACGUGCUGUUCCACCACCAGGGCGGCGUAGAUGUGGGCGACGUGGACGCCAAGGCCAACAAGUUGCUGGUGGGCGUGGACGACAAGAUCUGCGAGGGCUCGGUGAACAAGCGACUGCUGGCCCACGUCCCCAACGACAAGAGGCUGGUCCUGGCCCAGUUCAUUGUGGGCCUUUUCAACCUAUAUGAGGAUCUGUUCUUCACGUACCUGGAGAUCAACCCACUCGUGGUCACCAAAGAUGGCGUCUUUGUGCUGGACAUGGCGGCCAAGAUCGACGCCACGGCCGACUACAUCUGCAAGGCCAAGUGGGGCGACGUGGAGUUCCCGCCGCCUUUUGGCAGGGAGGCCUACCCUGAGGAGGCCUACAUCGCCGACCUGGACGCCAAAAGCGGCGCCAGCCUCAAACUGACCCUGCUCAACCCGCAGGGGCGGAUCUGGACCAUGGUGGCGGGGGGCGGAGCCUCUGUCGUGUACAGCGACACCAUCUGCGACCUGGGCGGCGUGGACGAGCUGGCAAACUACGGCGAGUACUCGGGGGCGCCGAGCGAGCAGCAGACAUACGACUACGCCAAGACCAUCCUCUCGCUCAUGACCAGGGAGAAGCACCCAGAUGGCAAAGUCUUGAUCAUCGGAGGGAGCAUCGCCAACUUCACCAACGUGGCGGCGACGUUCAAGGGAAUCGUUCGAGCCAUCCGAGACUACCAGGUGCCGCUCAAGGAGCACCAAGUGGCCAUUUUCGUCAGGCGCGGGGGUCCAAAUUACCAGGAGGGUCUCCGGGUGAUGGGAGAAGUUGGCAAGACCACCGGGAUCCCCAUCCACGUCUUUGGCACCGAAACCCACAUGACCGCCAUCGUGGGCAUGGCGCUGGGUCACCGGCCCAUCCCCAACCAGCCUCCCGUCGCCGCCCACACUGCCAAUUUCCUGCUCAACUCCAGCGGCAGCACGUCGACCCCGGCGUCCACUCGCACCGCCUCCUUCUCUGACAACAGAGGUAAAGCCCAGAGCUCGCCGGCAAAGAAAAGUGCCGCUCCUGUAGUCAAGGCCAGCACGCUGUUCAGCAAGCACACCAAGUCCAUGGUGUGGGGCAUGCAGACGCGGGCCGUGCAGGGCAUGCUGGACUUUGACUACGUCUGCUCCAGAGACGAGCCCUCCGUGGCGGCCAUGGUCUACCCCUUCACCGGAGACCACAAGCAGAAGUUCUACUGGGGUCAUAAAGAGAUCCUCCUCCCGGUGUACAAAAACAUGGCCGACGCCAUGAAGAAGCACCCGGACGUGGACGUGCUCAUCAGCUUCGCGUCCUUGCGUUCAGCCUUUGAAAGCACCAUGGAGACCAUGCAGUACCCGCAGAUUCACACCAUCGCCAUCAUAGCGGAGGGAAUCCCCGAAGCACACACCAGGAAGAUCAUUCGGAGAGCCGACGAGAAGGGCAUCACCAUCAUCGGACCGGCAACUGUGGGCGGCAUCAAACCGGGCUGCUUCAAGAUCGGCAACACCGGGGGCAUGCUGGACAACAUCCUGGCCUCCAAGCUGUACCGGCCGGGCAGCGUGGCGUACGUCUCGCGCUCGGGCGGCAUGUCCAACGAGCUCAACAACAUCAUUUCGCGCACCACCGAUGGCGUGUUUGAAGGCGUGGCCAUUGGCGGGGACAGAUACCCGGGCUCCGUCUUCACCGAUCACGUUCUCCGCUACCAGGACACCCCCGGAGUCAAGAUGAUCGUCGUGCUGGGCGAGAUCGGCGGCACCGAGGAGUACAAGAUCUGCCAGGGCAUCCGGGAAGGCAGGAUCACCAAGCCCGUGGUGUGCUGGUGCAUCGGAACUUGCGCUACCAUGUUCGCCUCGGAGGUCCAGUUCGGCCACGCGGGGGCGUGCGCUAAUCAAGCUUCGGAGACGGCGGUGGCCAAGAACAAAGCUCUGAAGGAGGCCGGUGCCUUCGUGCCCAAGAGCUUUGAUGAGCUGGGACAGAUCAUUAAGUCUGUGUAUGACGACCUGGUGUUCAAAGGAGUCAUCCAGCCGGCACCGGAGCUGCCCCCUCCCACAGUCCCCAUGGAUUACUCCUGGGCACGAGAGCUGGGUCUCAUCCGCAAACCGGCGUCCUUUAUGACCAGCAUUUGCGACGAGAGGGGGCAGGAACUCAUCUACGCCGGCAUGCCCAUCACGGAGGUCUUCAAGUCGGAAAUCGGCCUGGGGGGCACUCUGGGGCUUCUAUGGUUCCAGAGGAGGCUACCCAGAUACGCCUGCCAGUUCAUCGAGAUGUGUCUCAUGGUGACGGCCGAUCACGGUCCGGCCGUAUCCGGCGCCCAUAACACUAUCGUGUGCGCCCGAGCCGGCAAAGAUCUGAUCUCCAGCCUCACCUCUGGCCUGCUCACCAUCGGCGACCGCUUCGGAGGCGCCUUGGAUGCCGCGGCCAAACAGUUCAGCAAGGCCUUCGACAGCGGCCUGCUGCCCAUGGAGUUUGUCAACAAAAUGAAGAAGGACGGCAAGCUCAUCAUGGGCAUCGGCCACAGGGUCAAGUCUAUUAACAAUCCUGACAUGCGAGUCCAGAUCUUGAAGGACUUUGUGAAGCAGCACUUCCCCUCCACACAGCUGCUGGAUUACGCUCUGGAUGUGGAGAAGAUCACCACUUCAAAAAAACCCAACUUGAUCCUGAACGUGGACGGCUUCAUCGGUGUGGCCUUUGUGGACCUGCUCAGGACCUGCGGCGGAUUUACCAGGGAUGAAGCGGACGAGUUUGUAGAAAUCGGAGCGCUGAACGGCAUCUUCGUUCUGGGUCGCAGCAUGGGAUUCAUCGGACACUACCUGGAUCAGAAGAGGCUAAGGCAGGGCUUGUAUCGUCACCCUUGGGAUGACAUCUCCUACGUGCUGCCGGAACACAUGUCCAUGUAGGACAUGUGAGGAUUUAACAUAUCUUUGUAUUGCCUGAAAUAGUUUGAGAUUAGACACUAGCGAAAACACUGUGAAGACAUACCCAGUCCUGACUGGUGACAAAGUUUAACACCUCAUGUUCUCACGCCUCUGUGCAGCUCCAUUCCAUGUGGCAUUUUAUGAUGGUCAUUAUCAUCUCGAGCUUGUUACACAGGGUGACCGUGGAGUGCAAUAAUAUUGUGAUCACACACACACUGUAGAUAAUAGCUUUUUUUUUUAAAUCUUUACUGUAGAUGUAUUCAUCCAAAAGAUGUUUUACUUGUCCAUGUCUUGGCUGUUUGUUGCAAAAGGGACCAUGUAUCGGUAAAUGUCAUCCCCAGGUAAAACCCAAAUAAUGGAGUACUACAAUGACUGUAGGAUAUUGAUUUCGGAUCAUUUCAUAACAGCAGAGUUAUUGCAAUGCUUCUGUAGCGUGCCUCGAUACUGGCGGUACCGUUUGUCCACAUGUGUGAUUAAAGUUAACUGUGUGAUAA